AGAUAUUCAGUCAUACAGAAACAGACCUCUGAUAAAUUUCAAUAAUCUGUGUUUGAUAUAUGCACAUACUGCUGCUGAUGGGAGAUAUAGUAUGUCAAGCCAUGACUUAGAUUUUGAUGAUGACAUUAUGGGAUUAUGUAUAGAUUUAAACUGUAUGGAGCCUGCCAUCUGUUGUCGUGCGUGUAUUUAUGCUUGUGGAGUAGUCGAGUUUGAGGAGGAUGGAUCACAAAAGAAAGAAGGAAAAUAUUUUAGUUACUUUUUUCUUACUCAGGCGUGUCACUGCAGUGGUAGAUGGAGCUCUAUAUAUCUGGAAAAUUGAUGAAAACUUAAAGAUCUACAAUAGAGAUUUUGUUCAUACAACAUAUUUAGUUGUGGAGAUGAGAAAUACGUUUCCUGCCUUGAUCUAUUUUCAGGGUCAAGCACCACUACCCGCUGUCUGCCCUGUUGUUCAGGGUGAUAAUAAAUUUGCUUUUUGAUAUGAUCGAAUCCUGCAUUUUCUAGGAGAAAAUGAACGAGAGAUUUAUUAACUGAUGGAUCACGGGAAGUCUUCCCACCCCUUUUUCUAGAUGUUAGAAUUAUUCACCAGUGACAAUGGUGUGCUAAGUUGCUUAGAUGCAGCAGCAUCCUUUUGUGUCAUUUUUAUUUCUUCUUGUAAUUAAGGAAGUAUUUUCUUCAUUAACUCUGAAAUGUUUGGUUGUUUAAAGAACCAUCAUAUCUUGGUGAACUGUAGUUAUUAACAUUACUGUUGUAGGUGUUGGCAUAAAUGGGCUUGCCCCUGUGAAUAAAGAGAGUUCAAGAACAGGCUGGACUCUUGCUAUGGAUCAGUACCUUGUGAAACUUAUGAUUGACCAAGUGAGAAAAGGCUGUAGGAUAAAUGGUAUUUUCAAGAAGCAAGCAUGGGAAGAUAUGAUCACUCUUUUUAAUGCUGAAUUUGGCUAUCAACAUAGGAAGAGUUUCUUGAAACAUCGUUAUAGGAAAUUAAAAACAUACUAUAUUGAUUUAAGGAAUCUACUUGAGGCCAGAGGCUUUUCCUGGGAUGAGAAACAACAAAUACUGGUAGCUGAUGACGGUGUGUGGGAUGAUUAUAUCAAGGCAAAUCCAGAUGCCCAUGCAUACAGGAAAAGGACGUUGCUAAACUUUCUAGAUUUGUGUCUGAUCUACGAUGAUACAAUGAGCAAUGGGCAUUGUGAUCAUAUGCAACAAUUGGAGCGUUUUGAAUGUGCACCUGAGGAUAGUGAAGAAGAAGACAUCCAAUGCCAUGCUGAUAGAUAUUCUUCAAGCAUGCAAUGGUCUUUUGAAAUGGAUGGUUAUUUUAUUGAUCUCAUGCUGGAGUCUGUGGGUAAAGUGAAGAAAUUUGAUUACAAUGAUGAUCUUACGUGGACUAACAUGAUUUCCUCGUUCAAGGAAAGAUUUGGACUGGUAUUUAACCAAGAUUCUUUUAGGAGGCAUUUCAAAAGUUUGGAGAAGAAAUACUUUGAUUUGAAAAAUAUUCUCAAACAGAGAGGAUUUUGGUGGGAUGAAAGACGGCAUUCAGUAAAUGCCUACGAUGACACUUGGGCUGCAUAUAUUAAGGAACAUCCACAUGCAAAAUCUUACAGAACUGGUCCAAUACCUAGCUAUAAUGAUCUGUGCUUGAUUUAUGGAAAUUUAGUACCUGAUACUCGGCCGGGGCCAAAACAUUUGGACCAAGAAAUUGCCAGUGACGGGAAGGAUGCCAAAACUAGCCAUCGCUAUCACUGGAGCUCUGAUUGGACACCUCAAAUGGACAGAUGCUUUAUUGAUCUAAUGUUAUCUCAAGUUCGCACUGGAAAUAUGGUUGACAAAAAAUUUAACAAACAAGCUUGGGAUGAUAUGGUUUCCAAGUUCAAUGCAGAGUUUGGGCCUCAGCAUGAUGAAAAUGUGUUAAAAAGUAGAUUUUUUAAUCUUAGGAAAAGAUUCCAUGAUAUGAAAUUCCUACUUAAUCAGGAUGGCUUUGUCUGGGAUGAAUUACUACAGAUGAUAAUUGCAGAAGACGACCUCUGGGAUGCAUACAUUGAGGAAUAUCCAGAUGCAAAAUCUUACAAGAGCAGGGCUCUUCCAAAUUUUAAUGAUUUGUUCUUGAUAUUUGGAAAGGACAAUACUUCAAAUCACCAACAUUAUUUAUUUAACUCUGUGGAUGCUGAUGACAGUUACCCAGAAGUAAAUAUUGUAAAUGAAGCGGAGGAGCAAUUCUUUUCUGAUAAUAGUGAUGAGACAAUAAUUGAAUGGACGAAUGAGAUGGAUGAUCAUUAUGUUGACCUCAUGCUCGAGCAAGUUCGUAGAGGGAACAAGACCGGAUCUACAUUCACAGAUCAUGCUUGGGCCUGGAUGGUGACCUCAUUUAACAAGACAUUUAAACUUACGUGUGACAGAAAUUUCCUUGAAAGUCGAUUCUUUACCUUGAAGAAAGAAUAUAAAGAUGCUCAACAUAUCGUUGAUCAGAAAAAUAUGGCACGUGCUGGAAUUCACCAAUCUACAGCAACCAAUAAUGAAGUCUCUGAAACUCACAUUAAGGAGCUUGCAAAUUAUAGUGAAAGAGGAGGCAGAAGCUUUGAUAGGUAUGAUGAUUCAUGCAUGAUAUAUGAAGACCAGUUUGAGGAUGAAAGAUUAGGUAGUUCCAGCAUGAAUGUACAGGUUGAAGACGGCACUCAGAAAAUUGGUAGAAGUGAUUUGUUUGCAGAAUGUAAAUCUCAUGGAAGGAAAUGUGAAGUAUCUUAUCAAAGAAAGAGGUUAAAAUCUGCCACUCCAUCAACUUUUGUUGGCAACAAAAAGGUUAAGAGAGUCAAGGAAGAGAUGCAGGAAAUUGGCAGUAACAAGGCAAGUUUGACGAAAAAUGUGGCAAAUGUUAUAGAUUACUCAAUAGAAAAUGUUGUUUCAGCACUCCAAAGUGUCCCAGACAUGAAUGAUGAGUUAUUUUUGGAAGCUUGUAAACUUUUAGAAGAUGAAAGAAAGGCCAAGGUGUUUGUUGCAAUGGACGUCACGACACGAAAGAAGUGGUUAUCAAAAAAAUUCUGCCGAUAGCGUCUUGUGUGGUUUUUUGGUAAGCACUGAAAUAAAAAUUUUAUCCUUGUAAUCUAGAUUAUAUAGAAAUGUAGAUUAAACUCUCCCAAAGUAAGGUUUUACCUAUUUGCUAUAUAUAGAGAGAGAGAUUAAGUCUUAGACAGGAAAUAUCUUUGUUUCAUGCUUUUGCAGAGUCUUUUUUUUUUCAAAUGUCAGUUUUAAUUUCGUUUCUUAAAGAAACUUAGAAUGUAGUCUAUAUGGUUUGAUAAAAGUUCAUACAUAGUUUCUAUAGUUU